AUGGAUGAUGUCAUUUAUCAUCACGAUCUUCUUCAACAACAACUCAAUGAACAAGAUACAGCGUUAAGCCAGCAUCCAUUAAUGAUGGAAAUUAACAACUGGGAACGUGAGAGUGUAGAGAAGAUAAGACAUGCGGCAGAAAAAGCUCGAUGUGAUCUUGAUCAGUUGUUGACCAGUAAAAAGAAAUUAGUUACAAAGGAACUAGAAGGAAUUUCGACUCAAUUGAAGACAAGUAAAGAAGCCGAUGAUUACUCAGAAAAGGAUUUAACUGGAUGGCUACAGGCACUAGAAAAGUUGAAAAAUCAGUUAUCAACACCUUCAGAUGUAAAAUUACAAAAAAUAAAGGACGAUACAUGGUUGCAACAGCGUGGAAUCAUGGAAGUUCUUUUUAAUUCAUCAGAAAAAUUUGAGAAAGCAUGUGGCAAUGCUCAUAUAUUGGAAAACGGUCUCGUUGCAGAACAUAAUGGAAUAGCUGGUCAUGCUGAAGUUCGAGGUUUCACGAAGUACUCAACGGGAACUCACAAAAUCGGUUUGAAAAUCGAAAAAAUGACGGAUAAUAAUUGGAUGUUUUGGGGAAUUAUAUCACAAAAAACUGCAGCCCAAAAUAACUCUUGGUCUUCAGUGUCAGCCAACGGAUGGGCCAACACUAAGCAAGUGUAUUUAAAUGGUGCAUGUAAAAAUGGAUACAAUAACUACCAGGGUGGUAUUGUUGAAAACGAUAUACUUUACUUGACAUUAAAUUGUGAUAGUCAAAUUAUUGAAUUUGAAAACGAACGUACGAAGCAAAAUAAUUCUAUUCCCAUUGACUUGAAUAGCUGUCCAUUUCCUUGGCAGUUUCAUAUUAAUUUUUAUUACAAUAAUGAUCGUCUUCGUAUACUAACAUAG